CCAUCCUGCUGGCCUCCCGGGAGCUGAUCCGCAGCAAGCGUUUAAGGCAGAUGCUUGAGGUCGUCCUGGCCAUUGGCAACUUCAUGAACAAAGGGCAGCGUGGGGGUGCCUAUGGUUUCCGGGUGGCCAGCCUGAACAAGAUUGCAGAUACCAAGUCCAGCAUUGACAGAAACAUCUCUCUGCUCCAUUACCUGAUCAUGAUCCUGGAGAAGCACUUCCCUGACAUCCUAAACAUGCCCUCAGAGCUACAGCAUCUUCCAGAAGCCGCCAAAGUCAACCUGGCAGAGCUGGAGAAGGAGGUGGGCAACCUCAGGAGGGGCCUCAGAGCAGUUGAGGUGGAGCUAGAAUAUCAGAAGCGCCAGGCACGGGAACCGAAUGACAAGUUUGUCCCAGUCAUGAGUGACUUCAUCACUGUCUCCAGCUUUAGCUUCUCAGAGCUGGAAGACCAACUGAAUGAGGCCAGGGACAAGUUCUCCAAGGCCCUGAUGCACUUUGGGGAGCAGGACAGCAAGAUGCAGCCAGACGAAUUCUUUGGAAUCUUUGACACCUUCCUGCAGGCCUUCUUGGAGGCCCGGCAGGACCUGGAGGCGAUGAGGAAGAGGAAGGAAGAGGAGGAACGGCGGGCACGCAUGGAAACCAUGCUGAAGGAGCAGAGGGAGCGGGAGCGGUGGCAGCGGCAGCGGAAGGCCCACGCAGGCAGCGCGCUGGAGGAAGGUGGCGAGUUCGACGACCUGGUGUCAGCCCUGCGCUCAGGCGAAGUGUUUGACAAGGACUUAUGCAAGCUGAAGCGCAGCCGCAAGCGGUCAGGGAGCCAGGCCCUGGAAGUCACCCGGGAACGGGCGAUAAGCAGGCUAAAUUAUUGA